AUGAGCAAGGGCGCGGAAACUGAAGUUGUCGCUGGGCCUGGCCCCGGCACGGUGGCGACGGUGCAACAGCAGGACACACAGUCGGAUGCCAAAUCUUCAGAGGCAAAGCAAUCGAGAACAAGUGGCAGAAAGAGCAAGGACGGCGAUGCAGGAGGCCCGAAACAUCAUUCUUGUGAUCAAUGCGACAAAACAUUUACGCGCAGGUCCGAUUUGGCCAGGCAUAAGCGCAUUCACUCAGGCGAACGGCCGUAUCCAUGCAACUUUCCUGGUUGCGGGAAGACUUUUAUUCAGCGCUCGGCUUUGACUGUCCACGAGCGUGUACACACGGGCGAGCGACCGCAUGCUUGCAAUUAUCCUGGAUGCGAUAAGAGCUUUUCAGACAGCAGCUCGCUGGCUCGGCAUCGGCGAACGCACUCGGGCAAAAGGCCGCAUGGAUGCUCGGUGCCGGGUUGCGGAAAGCAGUUUACUCGCCGUACGACGCUAAAUCGACAUAUGCGCAGUCAUGAUCCGGACUAUGUCAAACCGCCAUCAAAAAGGUGA